UUUUCCACUCACUCCACUACCUCACUAAAAUCCCACAAAAUCCUCACCCUUCUCUCAUACACCUGAGUCACACUUGUCUGUUCAUUCUAAUAUAUAAAUACAACCACAAUUAUACCAACUCUUGCCAUACCAUUCAACAAACAUCAACCACAAAACUCACCAAAAACUGAAAAAUUCAACAAUUCAAAACCUGUUCAAAAACAGAACAAACUCUAAAAUGAGUAGUGAAAGCGAAGACAGAUUGAGCGAUUUACCCGAUUCCAUUCUUCAUCACAUUCUCUCCUUUUUGAACAUCAAACAUGCUUUUCAAUCUUCCAUACUCUCAACAAGAUGGAAGAAUCUCCCUAACAAUCUUCCAUCUCUCAAAUUAACUAGCCAACACUUUGAAUCUAUGAAAAGUUUCAACAAAUCAGUGUCUCAGAUUUUAUCUCAUCGCAGUGAUUCAACUGUGGUCCACACUCUAGAGUUUACCUGCCCACAGGAUUUAGUGGAGCCUCAUAUACUCAAAAGAAUUGUAAAAUUUGCUGUAACUCACCACGUCAAGCGAUUACAGAUUUCUAUCACUUGUGAUAUUCAACAAUUUCGAGGUUGCUUGUUUUUUUCGCAAACUUUAACAUCUCUUCAACUUUGGGUUCAUGAAUGUAUUCAACACUGGAGCAUGUUAUUUCCGAAUUCUCUGAACUUGCCUUCGUUAACAAGCUUGUCUUUGGCCGGCUUCUACUUUGGCGUUGGCGAUGGCGAUGACGGUUGCGCUGAGCCAUUCUCAGGUUUUAACAAGUUGAAUACUUUGACCAUUCUGUCUUGUAGAGUUGUGAAAGCACGGUGUCUUUGUAUAUCAAGUACUACACUUGCCAAUUUAAUCAUGUCUGGAUACUAUUUGAUAAAUGAUUGCCAAUUCAAACUCCAUUUAUGUGCCCCGAGUCUUUGUAACUUUGCUUUUACUGGUACUCCAAAUCAGAAACUACGUGUGAGCCAUGGUUGUUCUCUUCAACACUUAUACAUUGAUGCAACAGACAUAAGCCUCAAUUCUUCGGUUGUAAAUUCCCAUACCCUGGUCGAAGAGGAUUCUGAAGCCUUACUCAGCUGGCUGCAAGAGCUUGCUAAUAUCAAAUCAUUGACAGUCUCUUCUAAUACUCUUCAGGUUCUCUCUUUUGUUCCUGAUUUAUUCAAGGUUAAAUUCACUUCUCUGUGUAACUUGGAGUCCCUGAAAGUAGAAAUGAAACCGCUUACAUGUGAAUUAGAGUUGAAAUUAGGAAUAGCAGCAUUCCGGAAAGAAGGUGAAAAUACUGAAUUUAAUUUGAAGCAAGGUCCAUUCAUACCCGAUGGAGUAGUGGAUUUCUUGCUUCAAAACUCACCGUCAGCAAAGGUUAACAUCAUACCAAUUAAUGGCUAAGGUGAAAAUGACUCACUUCUUUGAAUUCAUAUAAGGCUUAUAAUCUAAAUCUAUGGGGGAAGUUAAUGCAAGUUCUGAAUGGUGUUGCUUUUUCAGUUGAAACCUGAACCAAGAUCACACAAGAAUAGAAGUUGAAGUUAUAGGUGUUGGGUUUUGUAGAAAUGCCACGGUGGAGGAUACAAAUGCUAGAGGAUUUUGAUAUUCACAAGUUUUUUCAAGAGAGUCCUAAUGCACUAUAACAAGAAUUCUUUCUGUUAUCUAGAUAAAAUGUUUAAGAUUUGUUUACUCUCAUGCGUUCUACUAUAUUAUAUUAUAGUUCCUAAUUUAUUUAAUGUAUUUGACUCCAAGAGGAUUUAUAUAUAUUGGUUUAAUGCACUAAA